AGCGUACGUGCCAUAGAAACUUUCAAAAAUGGAUAAAAGUUUAUAUUUGAAUUCGAAUUUAUCAGCAUCAGCAGCAAAAGUUAAAUGUUACCGUAAUUCAUGGUUACAGCAAACGAACACAAAACUACUGUUAACACUGUCAAUACAUUUCAACACCCAUCAUUGAAUUACCGCCAUGAAUGAAACAGAGUGUGAGAGUCUAAUAAAGUCGGUAAAAUGGACGGAACCAUCAAAUUUGAUCUCAUUAGCGAUACUCGAAUUUAUCAAUGUAUUAGUAAUCGGUGGAAAUUUGCUAGUAAUUGCUGCCGUCUUUUGUUCGAACAAAUUACGUAGUGUUACCAAUUUUUUCAUUGUAAAUUUGGCUGUGGCCGAUUUAUUGGUGGGUUUGGCGGUGCUGCCAUUUUCGGCUACAUGGGAGGUGUUUAAGGUUUGGAUAUUCGGUGAUGUCUGGUGCCGCAUUUGGUUGGCCGUUGAUGUAUGGAUGUGCACGGCAUCAAUAUUAAAUCUCUGUGCCAUAUCUUUGGAUCGUUAUGUGGCGGUUACAAGGCCGGUUACUUAUCCCAGCAUUAUGUCGACAAAAAGGGCCAAAUCUCUAAUUGCUGGCAUCUGGGUUUUAUCGUUCGUCAUUUGUUUUCCACCGUUGGUGGGGUGGAAAGAUCAAAAG